UUCAACCACGACCAUGGAACCAGGAAUCAGUCUCAGCAAGGCUGAUAUUGUUGAGAAUAUACUUCUAUGUUUUGAAUCAGUGAAUGGGUCUUGCAAAAUGUCAAACUUUCCUCCAACAAUACGAGUAUUACUUUAUCUCUUACUUGGCUCAAUGUCUGUUCUCACAGUGUGUGGCAACCUUCUUGUAAUCAUCCCCAUCAUUCACUUCAAACAGCUCCACACCCCAACCAACUACCUCAUCCUCUCUCUGGCUGUGUCAGACCUCCUCUUGGGGGUUUUAGUGAUGCCUCCCAGAAUGGUAUAUUCAGCGGAAAGCUGCUGGUAUUUUGGAGAUUUACUCUGUAAAAUAUACACCAGCACUGAUAUCAUGUUGAGCAAUAUAUCCAUUCUUAAUUUGUGUUUUAUUUCUUUUGACCGGUAUUAUGCAGUGUGUCGCCCUCUCCUUUAUAGAACUAAAAUAACUGUUCACUUUGUUCUGAUUAUGAUGCUGGUCAUUUGGACUGGUUCUGCUAUAGUAGUGUUUGGUAUAGUAUUUCUGGAGCUCAGUACUUGGGGCGUGGAGGAUUUUUACUAUAAAAAUGUUGCCUGUGAGGGACAAUGUAUUUUGUUUCAAAACAAAGCAUCGAGUACUGUGUCUUUGGUGCUCUCAUUCUACAUCCCAGGAGUAGGGAUGCUUAGCAUCUACCUAAAGAUUUUCCAAAUAGCACAGAGACAGGCACGCUCAAUUCAGCUUACAACCAAUCAGAACUCUGUAGGCAAAUCACAGAGGAAGGCCACCAAAACACUUGCUAUCAUUAUGGGGGUAUUUCUAUCAUUCUGGACACCCUUUUUUGUCAUCAACUGCAUUGAUCCUUUUAUUAGUUACUCUACACCACCCGUUUUGUUUGAAACACUUAUAUGGAUUGGCUAUUUGAAUUCAACUAUUAAUCCCAUGGUGUAUGCAUUCUUUUACAGUUGGUUCAGGAGAGCGUUUAGAAUUAUCAUUUCUGGUCAAAUAUUUCAACCUGACUCUUCAGAAAUACAAUUGUUUUCAGAAUAAAUAUGUUUAGUUGUUUUGGCUCUGUACUCCAGCACUUUGGAUUUGAAAUGUGAUUUAAUUUGAGGAUAUUUUGAUCUAUAUCGGGUGAAUUGUUUAGAAAUUGCAGCCCUUUUUUUACAUAGUCCCCCCCAUUUUAGUAAACCAAAAGUUUUGGGACGAAUUCACUUAUGUGUGUUUUAAAGUAGUAAAAAGUUAGGUUUUUGGUCCCAUAUUCAUUGCACGCAACAAUGACUUCAUCCAGCUUGUGA